GUACAUUUGAAUCGCUGGGAGGGAAUCAACCGCAGGGCGAGAUUCUGAAUCUGGAGAAAAAUUAGCAUGAUGUCGUUUUCUCUCGAAACUUGAGUGUGGUAACGCUGUAAAUGCACUGAUAGGUUCCUUCGUUUUAAAGCGAUAAUAUAAAACAAAUAACGUGUAUAGUAGGCCUGGCUUUCGUAAAUUUAUUAAAAGCUGUUCUCAGGUCGGCUUCUGCUAAGAAGAGGCCCAUUCAUAACUAUCUUUGAAAGGAACGCUUGAUCCAAUCAAGACGCAACAUUUGGACUGUAAAAGCCGGAAGCCGAUGUGGACUAAUCAACCCCCUUUUCUUUCUUUUUUUGAAGACAGCGCCAAGACAGGAAAUCUCUGGUGAAAUCUGAAGUUGUUUUUCUUUUAAAGUUUCCUUGUACGGAGCACAAAAGAGUGUAAAGGUACAAUGCUGGGGUUUCCAGCGAUAUUUUUCAGUUUGCUAUCCCUGCUGCAUCUUGUUUGGGGCAGAGUGAUCUACAAUGGAAAUGAUGUGUUCCUAGAAGAGAAGUCAGCAGGUUCAUUUCUGUCCCGUAAACUGUUGUAUAACAGUUGGGAUUUUGAAUUAGUGACGCCUGACAAUAUAGAGAGAGAAUGCAAUGAGGAAAUAUGCUCGUAUGAGGAGGCCAGAGAGGUGUUUGAAGAUGACAAAAAGACAGCUGAUUUUUGGAAAGGCUAUACCAGCAGUCAUGAGUCUUUGCCUCGAAUUGAUGUGUCUGGUUUGGUAGCUGGCAUCGUGGCUAUUGUAAUAACAGCGAUUAUAGCCACUGUGCUGGGCAUUUAUUGCUACAAGAACAGAGGCAAAAAUGCAAGAGGGGGCAGUGUUCCCGUGCGUAUAGGAGUGGAUGGGCAACCAAUACCUGAAUCUGUGCCCUUGUCUAAUAUCGUGCCUCCAGGUCUCCCCUCGUACAACGAGGCUCUGACUCACAGUGGCCAGCACGAUGCCCCCCCACCUCCGUACUCUGGGGGAAGUCCACCUGAGCCGACAGAAACUCAAGAUGAAGAAUGACAAAGACAUGAUGUUGUUUUUUAAAUGGGGUGGGGGUAAUAGAGGGUUUUACUUGUAAAAAGCGGGCAUGUGAAAAAGGGGCAUAGCUAUUUUGGGUCUGCAAAUUGGUGGUUAUGUGCCAAAUAGAAAGAAAUGACUGUCAGCUGCAAAGUUUUUAGAUAAUUUAUUAUACUUGUGCUACAUGUUUAGCAGUUGAUGUUUUUAUUCUUUAAAAUUAUUUUGUUACUAUGAGUUUUUUUGUAAACACUGUCAAUAUUUUCAUGAAUCAGGUUUGUUUCAAUUUAAGUUUUUUUUUUGGUCCUGUUAAAUGGAAUGUAAAUUUCAUUGUUAAUAAAAUGAAAAAUGCAGACCAA